UUGUUACUAUUAUUAUACCAGAUAUAAAGCUUUUGGGGACAACAAUGGCUGAACAACAAAAGAAACGAACAAUGGAAGCAUUAGAACGAAGAUUUGCUCAAGCAAAAGCUGAAGUUCAUCAACAACAACAACACAAAAACAAGAAAUUCACUGUUACUACAACACCUGUUCAAAACAACGUUAAACUUACUCCUCAGAGUAUCAAUUCUUCACCUUCACCUCUCAAAUCAAUUGCAACUUCUACUGCCACGUCAUCCAAAAAAGGCUAUUUAUCUUUUUCUGGCCAUACAUCUGCUCAAGAUGUUGAAUUGAAUAAUCCAGCAUACCUCAAGCUCUCCCAUUCAGUAGACGAGAAUCUCCUGAAAAUUACAACUGAGAUUCCUGGUAAAGACACGACUGUUAACGAUAUUUUGCAUGAUCUUCUCCAACAUGGUGAUUCAGCCCAGAAAUAUAUGCAGGGGUCAAAAAAUGUGAAAGUUGAUAACUGGAUUCUUCUUGAUAAUGUUGUACAAAAAAGCAGCAUUGCUACUGGAGCUCGUAUUCGGGCUAUGGAGAGACAGUCAAAGAGAUCUAAAAGACAUAUGUCCAUAAAGCAACAUAAGAAGUUGGGAUUAUUGGAUUUGCCUCAAGAAUUCCAUAACUAUAACAUCUUCAAGCCAAUGCACGAUAAGUGGAAAGACUAUGUAACAAAACUCCUGAAAAAUAUUGGGAAAAAUCAGUUAUCACAAUGUCUCCUUAAUGCAGACUUACAUGGUGCACUAAUUCUAGUUGUUCAGUGCAAAAUAGCAGGCUUAAUUGGUGUACGUGGUAUCAUGAUUCGUGAGACCGUAGAAACAUUUGGAAUAAUCACAGAAGACAACAAAUUCCAAGUUGUACCAAAAAAGCUUUCUGUAUUUAUGCUACAAGUGGACUGCUGGAAAGUUACAUUGCUUGGAGACAAACUAAUGUCAAGAAACAUGAUUACAUGAUAUAGUUAAAAUGGAUAUUUAUCAUAUGAGAAACUUCUUGGCAUUUCUUGAGUAUCUUACAGAUGAAGAAUGACUCCAAUAGCUGUAUUAUUGCUUGGAAGAUCACGUGGCCUGGGUUUCAUUCUUUUAGCCGAGGCUGAUCAAAAGAAAGACUACAUUGGGCUUACAGUGGGAGAAUAAAGGCGGCAUUUAAGGGGGUACUUAGUUUUUGAAAUUUGAGUACGGUGUUGGAAUUGAAAGCAUCUCUGUUAGGUACUUUUCCCCUCAGUGAUAAAAAUCGAUGCAACAGUUCUAUAUUUUUUAUUGACAUACUGUUCAAGGACUCCACAUUGUGGGAUUUCACUGGGUAUGUUGUUGUUGUAUACUGUUCAAGGAGCAUAUCUAUUGCUGCAACAGAAUUUCUUUUGCAAAAUUUUGAUACUCCUUGUGUCAUUUAGAGUUGUACAGUUAACUUUUAUUCAGAAAGAGAUAUUUAUCAUAUUGAUUUUACUGUUAAAAGAAA